AUGUUUAUUAUUUAUCUAUUCAUCUAUCUAUCUAUCUAUUAUCUAUCACAUCUAUCUAUUUUAUUUGUUUAUCUAUCUAUUCAUCUAUCUAUUAUCUAUCUAUCUAUCUAUCUAUCUUUUUCCCUUUAUCUAUCUAUGUUUAUUAAUAUUCAUUAUUAUCUUUAUCUAUCUACACAUCCAUUAUUAUCUAUCUAUCUAUCUCAUCUAUAUCAUAUCUCUUUUCAUUAUUAUCUAUCUAUCUAUCUUUUUCUUAUCUAUUCAUUCAUCUAUCUAUCAUCUAUUCAUCUAUCUAUCUAUCCAUCUAUCUAUCUAUCUAUUUAUCUAUCCCAGUCAUUCAUCUCUCUAUUAUCUAUCUAUCUAUCUAUCUAUCUAUCUAUCUAUAUUUCUCAUUAUUUCUUAUUUUCAUCUAUCUAUUUAUCUAUGCUUCUUAUGUAUCUGUCUAUUUAUCUAUCUUUUCCUCAUCCAUGGGGGAUCUAUCUAUCUAUCUAUCUAUCAGAGAUUAUCUAUCUAGAAGUUCAUUCAUUGGAUCUAUUCAUCAUAUCUAUCUAUCUAUUCAUUCAUCUCAUCUAUCUAUCUAUCUAUCUAUCUUUUUCCCUUAUCUAUGAUUCAUCUAUCUAUCUAUCUAUCUAUCUAUCAUUAUCUAUCUCUUUUCCUUAUCUAUCUAUCUAUCUAUCUAUUAGUCGUGCGGCCACAUCAAGUUGA